CUCUCUCUCUCUCUCUCUCCACACCAUCAUGACUCCAACAUAUAUCAACCACCCCUUCCUCCUUCACCUCCUUCACCUCAUUCUUUCUAUAAUCCUCAUUGCAAGAUACUAAUCCUCAUUCCAAUCACCAAUCCACCAAAAUGGCUCCAAUCCACCGCGUAGCCGUAAUCCAAUGGCACAUUAAAGACCUCGCCAUGGACGAAAACCACCAAAAGGCAUGCGCCUACAUCCGCGACGCAGCCUCCCAAGGCGCCCAACUGGCCGUUCUCCCUGAAUAUCAUCUAAAUGCCUUCCCCCCAACAAACCCCCUUUACCUUCCCCAAACCGAUCCCCAAAUAACCACCAAAUACCUCCAAUCCUACCAAUCCCUCGCCAAGGACCUCAACAUCUGCAUCGUCCCCGGCACAAUUGUCGAAAACCACUCCCCCACCAGUACCGGUACCGGUACCCAACCAACAGACCCCAUCCUCUACAACACAGCCUACUUCAUCUCCAACGACGGCCAGAUUCUCUCCUCCUACCGGAAGAAGAACAUCUGGCACCCGGAACGCCCAUACCUGACUUCUUCGGCGUCCGAUCCGCACGAGGUCUUCGAUACACCCAUCGGUAAGGUCGGGUUGCUUAUAUGUUGGGAUUUGGCCUUUCCGGAGGCGUUCAGGGAGUUGAUUGCUGCUGGGGCGGAAUUGGUGAUUGUUCCUACGUUUUGGACUCAAAAUGACGCCUCACCGGCGCUUCGGGCGAAGAAUCCCGACUGCGAGAAGCUAUUUCUCGAGACGGUGCUUACGGCGAGGUGUUUUGAGAAUACGUGUGGGGUUGUGUUUGCGAAUGCGGCGGGGGAGACGGAGGGGGAUGGGUUUCUGGGAUUGUCGAGGGUGACAAUGCCUGGGGUGGGUGUUGUGGGGUCUCUUGGGUGGGAGGAAGGGGUUUGUGUGGUGGAUGUGGAUAUGGGGUUGGUUCGGGAUGCUGAGGAGAAUUAUCGGGUGAGGGAGGAUUUGGCCAGGGAAGGGUGGUAUUAUUCUUAUCGGCAUCAGGGGAGGAGGGAUUAGAUUUCCGAUAUCUUUGCUGGGUGAUGGUUGUGGUUGUUCAUAAAGUCAUAUAUGUACAUACCGAAGGGAAAGCUCUAUUCAUUUUAUAGAACUGUAUAUAUAUAUAUAUAUACUAUACUGUACUGUACUGUACAACCCACUAGACUAAACUGCUCUGUAUUCUAAGAACGAACAACAAUCAUUAGGCAAUACAAAUUCGUGAGAUGAAUCUUGUCCACCUGACAUCCGAGAUUGGCUCCGGAAGAAAAAACGCUCGUAUCAGGACAUAUAGCAUCAGGCAUGGGGCAUGGGGCAUAGCGGCGAGUAACGACAAAGUAAACCCUCCCAAAAGGCGAACCAGCUAAAGCGAGACCGACGAAAGACUCAAAUCGUAUCUAAACCAGGAUUCUCGAACACAUCGGACACCCUUCGGAUGUUUACUGGACUUGGCUGACAAUCUCGCUGGCGCGGGACAGACUCUCCACCAUCUGUUGGCACUCCUUGCGCCUCCGCACGGUGUAGUCACUUUCCUUC